UGUACAGCAGUGUUUACGAUGGUGAUGUAAUGAUGAUGUAAGCCUGAAUGACACUUUACAGUUCUCUGUUUUAUCAGUCGCCCCUGACUUUUCUGUGUUCGUAUGGCCUAUGUGGUCGAGCUGACACACAUGCCACUCUCGCUGCUGAACUACACAUCGAGAUAACCGUCAUUGUUUGCAGACUCCGCCUCCCCGGCGCUCCUGAGGCGUAUCCCGGCGUAUUAAUGGUGUCGAGUCGACCGUUUGUUUUGACUUUGCUCCUCGUUGUCGCGCCAGCACUUGCUGCGUUCAGAGUUUUUCCUCCAGCGACGCACAGAGUCAUCCGAGAUGGAGGCAGCUGAGGCUUUGGUGAAAUCUCAGCUGGGCUGGCCUCACAUGCAUCACUUGUUUGCUCUACUUUGUCUCGUUGCCGUCGUCUAUAAAUUAACUGUUUCGUACAUCCAGAGAAGAGAUAUGCUCCGAAACCUUGAGGCUUUCCCAGGACCAAAGGGACACUGGCUGUUGGGACAUGUUAAAGAGUUUAAACAAGAUGGGACAGACUUUGAGAAGAUAGUGGAAUGGACAAAGCAGUACCCUUACGCUUUCCCAUUGUGGUUUGGCCCAUUAGUUUCUUUCGUCAACAUUGUACAUCCAGAUUAUGUGAAAACCAUAUUGUCAUCAACAGAGCCAAAAGAUGAUUUUGUGUAUGGGUUUCUUGUGUCUUGGAUUGGUGAAGGUUUAUUGGUAUCAAAUGGUCAAAGGUGGUUUCGGAACAGAAGGCUCUUGACCCCAGGUUUCCAUUAUGAUGUUUUGAAGCCAUACACUAAACUGAUGGCAGACUCUGCUCAAACGAUGUUGGACAAAUGGGAAAGUUAUGCAAACACCAGCAAGUCCUUUGAAUUGUUCGAACAUGUGAGCCUUAUGACACUGGACACCAUCUUAAAGUGUGCUUUCAGCUACAGCAGCAACUGUCAGACCGAGAGUGGAAGCAAUGCAUAUAUCAAGGCAGUCUACGAGCUCAGUAAUCUGAUUAACCUGCGGUUCAGGACAUUUCCAUACCACAAUGACCUGAUUUUCUACCUUAGCCCACAUGGUUUCAGAUACAGAAAAGCAUGCAGAGUGGCUCAUGAUCAUACAGAGGCGGUCAUAAGAAAGAGAAAAGAAGAACUAAAGGAGGAGAAGGAGCUGGAACGCAUACAGGCCAAAAGAAACUUGGACUUUCUGGACAUCCUUCUCUUAGCAAGAGAUGAGAACCAGCAGGGUUUAUCAGAUGAAGAUUUACGAGCAGAAGUGGACACCUUCAUGUUUGAGGGCCAUGACACCACAGCCAGUGGCAUGUCUUUCAUCCUCUACUGUCUGGCCUGCCACCCAGGACACCAGAAGAUGUGCAGGGAGGAGAUCAUUCAAGCCCUGGAUGGCAAGGACACCAUGGAGUGGGAGGAUCUCAGUAAAAUUCCAUACACCACAAUGUGCAUCAAAGAGUGCCUUCGCCUUUACCCUCCUGUACCAGGAAUAUCCAGACAGACCACAAAACCCAUGACCUUUCCCGAUGGAAGGACUUUACCGAAAGGUUGUAAUGUUGGAACAAGUGUGUAUGGACUUCACAGGAAUGCAGCUGUCUGGGAAAACCCUGAUGUCUUUGACCCACUGCGUUUCCUACCGGAGAAUGUUUCCAAGAGGUCGCCUCAUGCAUUCGUGCCCUUCUCUGCUGGGCCAAGGAAUUGCAUUGGGCAGAACUUUGCCAUGAAUGAGCUGAAAGUGGCGACAGCCCUAACACUGAGGAGGUACCAUCUGAUCGAGGACCCCACCCAGAAACCCAAGAUUAUACCAAGACUGGUGCUUCGCUCACUGAAUGGCAUCCACAUCAAAAUCAAACCUGUAGACCCACAAGAGUAAAAAGAAAUUACUGUAGGAAAUGCUAUAAACCUGGAAAAAAUACAUUAAUCAGUCAGGAUUAACUGUGCCGUAUUUUAUUUAGUGGCUGGAUAUGUUAUUGAUUAAAUUAGUUGCUGAAAAAGAAGUUGCACUUAUAAUUUAAAAUCCUUUUCUCACACUGUAACAGUUUGUAAUGACACAUUUUGCACUUUAUAUGUUAAAAAAAAAAAAAAAAAAGGAAUAGGACCUACAGUGUAUUGGGGUAGGACAUUUGCACCAGAUCAGUUUUGGAAUAACUAUAGUAGUAUUCAACUUGUUUCUAUGGCUCAAUCGGAACUUUGAUCUCAUCUCUGACAUGAUGUCUGCUCGAAGACACCCUCCACUCUCAACGAUAGGGAGUGUCUAGCUUUUAUUUUCAUAGCAAAAAUGUAUGUGCAUGGCUGACUCUUGUCAUCUUUGGACUUUUCAUGUUUGGAGGCUACAGUGUGGCACUCUAUUUGCUCAGGCUAAACUGCAUUAAGCAAGAAUGAUAGAUGAAUACAUGCAAGAGUUUGCCAUGUUUGAUUAUCUGCGGCAUCCUUGAGCAAAUAAAGUGCCAGUGUCGUGCCAAGGUAGUUGUUGGAGGUGGAGCUACAUUAGGCUUGUACUCUUUGAUUUCACUUAAGGGAAUUUAACAUAUCAGCAUGUGGAUUGUUUAUCGUUUUAGUAUUGCUGUUUUAUCAUGUAUGAUUUGUAAUGUAACACAUGGCUCAUCUAUCAGAGUAAAUGGUUUAUUCUUCUGUACAUGUUACCAAACUAAUUAUUCAUUGCACUAAAUUGAGAAUGUCUACUGAAAAACUUGUAUCUUUUUCCUUUUGAA